UAUUUCCGAUUGGGGUAUAGUUGAUGACAAACGCGAUUUAAAUCGAUUUCGGACGCAAGUACGCAUAUUUCUGUGUGUCGAAUCGCAGUAAUUGCUGCAACUCCGGCAGUGUCUUCGGUCAGGAGUGAUCAAGAUGGCUGGUGUCAUCGCUCGCUGCGUUCAAAUUCCAAGAGGACAAUUUGGUCUUCUUGGACAAGUUUUGAGCAUCCAGCAGGCACGAGGUUACGCUGAUGCAGCUCCCGAAGGAAAGAAAGUUGGUGGUCCGUUGGCAGACCAGGACAGAAUAUUCACGAACCUGUACGGCAGACACGACUGGCGAUUGAAAGGUGCUUUGAAACGAGGCGAUUGGUAUAAAACAAAAGAGAUAUUGGACAAGGGAACAGAUUGGAUAGUGAACGAAGUGAAAGUCUCGGGUUUGAGAGGUCGAGGCGGAGCAGGUUUUCCGUCAGGAAUGAAAUGGUCAUUUAUGAACAAACCCUCGGACGGAAGGCCAAAGUAUUUGGUGAUAAAUGCUGACGAGGGUGAGCCUGGAACGUGCAAAGAUCGCGAGAUUCUGCGCCACGAUCCCCACAAGCUUGUCGAGGGGUGUCUGAUCGCCGGAAGAGCGAUGGGAGCUUGCGCCGCUUACAUCUACAUCAGGGGUGAAUUCUACAAUGAAGCAUCGAAUGUUCAAGUCGCAAUCGCAGAGGCUUAUCAGGCUGGACUCAUCGGCAAAAACGCCUGUGGCUCCGGCUACAAUUUUGAUAUUUUUGUUCAGCGCGGAGCGGGAGCUUAUAUUUGUGGUGAAGAAACUGCUCUAAUUGAAUCCAUCGAAGGGAAACAAGGCAAACCUAGGCUAAAACCUCCCUUUCCUGCUGACGUUGGACUCUUCGGAUGCCCCACAACGGUCACCAACGUCGAGACGGUCGCUGUUGCACCGACAAUUUGUCGUCGUGGCGGUGCGUGGUUCGCUUCAUUCGGUCGGCCGCGUAACAGCGGCACGAAAUUGUAUAAUAUUUCGGGACACGUUAACACGCCGUGUACCGUCGAGGAAGAAAUGUCGAUUCCCCUUAAAGAAUUGAUCGAAAGGCACGCGGGUGGAGUCAUCGGCGGAUGGGACAAUCUCCUGGGCGUCAUACCCGGCGGCUCGUCAACUCCGAUCAUUCCAAAAACUGUUUGCGACACCGUACUCAUGGAUUUCGACGACCUCGUUAGAGUGCAAAGCUCGUUCGGCACUGCGGCUGUAAUCGUGAUGAACAAGCAAACCGAUGUAAUCAAAGCAAUCGCUCGUCUCAUUAGUUUCUACAAACACGAAUCGUGUGGUCAGUGUACUCCUUGCCGCGAAGGAAUAAGUUGGAUGUACAAAAUAAUGUGUCGAUUUGUCGAGGGCAAUGCGGAGGAGCACGAGAUCGAUAUGUUAUGGGAGUUGACGAAGCAGAUCGAGCUACACACGAUUUGUGCAUUGGCAGAUGGUGCAGCGUGGCCAGUUCAAGGUCUGAUUCGGCACUUCAGACCGGUAAUCGAAGAGAGAAUGCAGAAAUUCAAGAGCGGAAAGCGCGUCGCAGCACUGAAUUGAGCAAAAACUCUCUAGGAAUAUCGAGUUUCGUUGAUUUUGUUAUUUCUCAUCGUCCUUUCCUGUCUCGAACGCAAUCGAGCUUCAUUACGAAUAUUUAUUUCCCCAAAGAAUGUAGAUGUGUAUAUAUAAAGGAGAAGUAAACGACAACACAGGAAAAAAGGAAUUUUAGCAAAAGAUCUGCUUGAUUGAAAUUAAUCGAAGUAUAGUAAAAUGUAUUAAGGAGGAUUCCCAUGAGUCGGGAGUUUUUUCAAUAAUCAAUUGAAGUGUAAAGUC